UUGGCCUUUGUGUUUAUGCUUCUCGUGAUCAGUUGUAAUAAGAGGUUAUAAAUAUGAGUAAUAUUUAUAUACAAGAACCGCCUACUACAGGCAAAGUGAUAAUGAAAACAACAGUUGGCGAUAUAGAUCUGGAAUUAUGGACGAAAGAAGCUCCUAAGGCUUGCAGAAAUUUUAUACAGCUUUGCAUGGAGGGUUAUUAUAAUGAUACAAUAUUUCAUAGAAUUGUUAAAGGUUUCAUAGUGCAAGGUGGAGAUCCAACAGGAACAGGAGAAGGUGGUGAAAGCAUAUAUGGAUAUCCCUUUAAGGAUGAAUUUCAUACAAGAUUACGUUUUUGUCGGAGAGGAUUGCUUGCUAUGGCCAAUGCUGGCAAAGAUGACAACGGUUCUCAAUUUUUCUUUACACUUGGUGCGACACCCGAGUUACAAAAUAAGCAUACUGUCUUUGGAAAAGUCACUGGUGAAACAAUUUAUAACAUGCUUAAGUUAGAAGACGCGCUCGUAGAUGAAAAUGAUAGACCUCAGUAUCCACAAAAAAUUUUAAAAACUGAAGUCUUAAACAAUCCAUUCCAGGAUAUUGUUCCAAGAAUAGUACCUGAAAAGAAGGAAGAUAGCAGAGAAAAAAAGAAGAAUAAAAAGACUGGUGUAAAAAAUUUCAAGCUGCUAUCAUUUGGGGAGGAAGCUGAGGAAGAUGAAGAAGAGUCAUCAAUUUUAAAUAAACAAUAUAGUGGCAAAGGAAAAUCAGCGCACGACUGUUUAUCUGAUCCAAAGUUAAGCUCACAGUCUGUGAUCGAACCUACUGAACCACCAAGUAAAAAAAUCAAAGGGGAAUCCAGCAGCGAUUGUGUGAGUGAUGAUGAAACACGAUCUCCAGAAGAAUUGGCUGCUUUGAAACAAGAAAAAGAAGCUAUGAAAGAGAGAAUCAAGAAUAAAUUGAAAGACUCUAAAAAGAUUUCCCAAUCAAAAUCGAAAAUCGAGAACGAUGAAACGAAAGAUGAAAGUAUAAAUGAAAAUGCGGUUGAAGAAGUUGAAGAAUAUUAUUUCGGAAAAGAUCGAGAGGAAGAACGAAAGAAAAAGGCUGAAGCAAUAAGGAAAGAAAUACGCGAUCUAAAGCGCAGCGUACAAAAUGAAAAGAAAGCAAAGGAGAUAGAUCAAAAGCAACAAACUGAAAAAAAGGAAAGUAAGUCUGAAAUAAUGAAAGAAUAUAUAGAGACACAGGAAAAAUAUAAAAAAGCUAAGGAAAAAUUGCCUAAGAAGGGUAAAACGCGUGAGGAUUUUACGAUGGAACUAUUUAAACAAUUCAAGAGUAAACUUCAAAAUGCCAAGGAACACACGAAUGAUAAUAUGACGAGUUCCGAUAAGAAGACGUCGAAAAAUACUGAGGACGACGAUCCGCAUGAUGAAUCUUGGUUGACGCACGCUUUGCACUGCGAAGAGAAGGCACCAGUGCUUGCCAAGGAUGCCAGCACGAAAGACGACGAUUGGUUCGAAAUUUACGAUCCACGGAAUCCAUUAAAUAAAAGACGAAGAGGAGAGAAAACCCACAAAUCUAAAGACAGCAAAAAAGGAGCAGAGGAUGGUAUUCGCCCUCGAGAUUGGCAACCGCGAAAAUCAAGUUAUAAAGUACCUUUUAGAGUGAUGCGAUUGUGUUUGCUGGGAAUGCUUUUACCAUUCGCAUUCAUUGUUGGGCCAUUGUAUCUACGAUACCGCGUAUAUUCCGAACAGCUAUAUGCUUUAGCAAUAUCAGAUCAAAGAUUGAUCGACAGCAGAGUAUCUACCGUUUGGUGUCAAAGCCAAGUGAUCAAAGUUAAUGCCACGUUCAACGCGUAUCUCAUGAGUAACGAGCCAGUGGUUGAAAAGGAAACGAUGCCCGUCUCGAUGACAAGACACCUCGUUAUGGAAGAUGACAUGAAGGAGUAUUGGGGAUUCUAUCUUUUGCAUGGCAGUAGUGUUACUGUUUCAACUUGUGUAAGAUGGCCAGGUGCUUCUUUAACAAUAAUCCGUGGCUUCAAAAAUCUUCAUGAGUGCGCUUUUAUCGGAGAUGACAGCAGCGAGGAACUCGAGGAACUCGUUGAAAUCGCUAAGGAAGAUGGUCUUCUUGAUGUAAAGAGCACUACGGAGGGAGUGCGUCUCAGCAAUGUACCUGACAAAAUGAGACGAGCAGACCAGAACAUACAUUUUCAUCAUGAAGAUAAAACUCUUCGUUUGAAUAUUUCUAACUCAUCUAAACAUCAAAGCAGUCACGAGUUGGACCCUGAAACGAUGCGAAAUAUUCUUACUCAGCUUUUGGCCAAGACCGAUCAUACAAAGAAAAAGCAGAAAAAAAAUCUGCAUCAUCAUUAUGAAGCAGUCUUUAGGGAUAUCAUCAAUGUGGAUAAACCAGUAACAAAUGAGACAACUCAUCCUAGAAAUUUACAAGACCAACUUCAGAAAGAAUCAAUGAACAGAUUUGAUAAUAAAAAAAAUAUAUCAGAAAAUGGUACAAAAUUCACACCGUUACCUUCAAAAAUACCAGUUUCUUUUCAAAAAGAGCAGUACAACUACAAUAAAUCUGAGAGCGAACAGAAUUCCACGUUUUCGCCUAAUCUGCGUCCAAAUUCCACAAUACCUAUCAGCAAGCAAAUGGAAUCGGCACAAGAAAUCAUGAAGGAGCAAGAAGAUUCAAAAGCCAAACUGCAGACAAACUCUGAGGAAGUGUUUCAAGAUGUUUUGCGAAAAAUCAAUUCGUUAGGUGAUCGCGGGAAACAGAUAUUGCAUAAAUUAAUGGAUACGAUUGACAUGCAAACCGGCGCCAAAGGUGCUGCGUUAAAACAAUUGGUGAACGACACGAUGAAUGAUAAGAAAUUAUCGAGAGAAGCUAAACGGCGAAGGAGAAGAGACUUAGUGCUUUCAUCGCCACUUUAUCAAGAAUUAACAGAGGAAGAUGAAGAUGGCGACGCAGCGAUAGAAGAGGAUAUGUUGCAUCCAGAUGGUAUUGCGGAAGAUCGAGGUACCGUAAACGAAACAACUUUAAACGAUAGAAGUAAUUCCGAGUUUUGGAGCUCGUUUAGCAGUUCUGAAGAACGGCUAUUGGAAUGCAAAGGUCUUAUCCUGAAUUUACCUUUAACACCACAUCGGUUUUGUACACCCAAACACGAAAGUGAUCAUUCUACGGCUUCCUUCGCCAAUACGGUGACAUAUAGAGUACCUCUAAAUGGAUAUUACUUCUUUGUCUUUAAUUCGGAAAAUGAAAUUCAACCUAAUUACGUAAGAGUGAAAUUUGACCUUUUAAAGACUGUUUACAAUACCUCAAAUCCCGUGCACGCAUGUAAAAAUAGCACAAAGGAGUGCUCAUUACCGUUUAAAAUAUUCAGUAAUGAAAGAACAGUAUUAGAAUUACCAUUAAGUGGAAAUGAUUCGCAAUGGAAUGAAGAAUAUAUUGGUGUGUCUGUUUGUGAACCGAGAACAAUGAUUUACACCAUUUGUGUUAUCAUGGUGCCCUUGCUGAUUCUUUGUUUCGCUUUUCAUUAGCAGAUUUAUCGAUACUACUUAUGUACGU